CGCGCUUCAAUUAGCGAACAUAUCGCAUGUUGUGCGUUGCGGUUAUUAAAGGUAACAAAAAGCAUUACAUACAACUACAAAUGUUGCACAGCCAAUAUGUCGGGGUCUUUCUGGCCUUUAACACACAUGAGAAAUGGUACCAUUUAUUACAUAAAACUAGUCGGCAUCAAUCAUUGAAACCACAGGCUUAUGGGGCUCCCUUUUGAUGUAUUGUGGAUUGUACUUUAUAAAAGGCUAGUCUACAAAGACAUAUCAAGUUCCCACUUACAUCUUAGAGCUGAGAUGAAAACGGGGAAACACGACCAGCAGCCGCCAAUCCCAAAUAAAGCACCCAGCAGCAAAAGCCGGCC